AUGCUGAACUCACUUCAAUUCUUUUUUUUGUUUAUGGCCUUCAGUGAGUUCAUUCUCGGGGUUUGGGGCCAUGGCUUUCUUGGGCUUAUCAAUUGCAUCCACUGGAUCAAGAGGAACAAGAUUUCCUUGUCUGAUUUCAUCAUUAUGAAUCUAGCCUUCUCCAGGAUCUUCAUGCAAUGUGUGCUCAUUUUUGACGGUGUUACCUUGAUGCUCUAUCCUAAUUUCUAUUAUCAAAUGCUAUUAAGUAUAAUUCGGGAAAUUAGCUGGGUCUUUAGUAACUAUUUAAAUAUGGGGCUAGCCACCUGCCUCAGUGUCUUCUACUGCCUGAAGAUUGCCACUUUCUCCCACCCAGCUUUCCUCUGGCUUAAGAGGAGAAUUUAUCAGGUAGUUGCCUGCAUUCUGCUGGGCAAUGUACUCUUCUCUUUCUUCAGUACAGUGAUGGUGAUCCAGAAAUUCAGUAUACGUUUUGGCUUCCUAAUGAGACUCAUUACAAACUACACUGAAAAUGUUGGAAGAAAGGAAAGAGAAUUUUAUGUCUUCCACUUUCUUAGUUUCCUGUGGACACUUAUACCAUUCAUUAUAUCCCUGUUUUCCUGUCUCUUACUCAUCCUCUCCCUGAGGAGGCAUACGAGGAUGAUGCGUCACCAAGUCACUGUCCCCAGAGACGUGAACACUGAGGCCCACGUGAGAGCCACCAAAGUAAUGUGUUCCUUCCUCCUCCUCUUUGUCUUUUAUUUUCUCCUUUUCUUCAUGGGGACAACAAGCAUUUUCCUGAAAAACACCAAGCUGAUAAUAAUUAUUAUCCAGUUGGCCGCCCCUGUCUUUCCCUCUAUCCACACAUUUAUCCUCAUUCUGCAAAACAAAAACCAGCAGGCAUUCCUGAAGCUGCUGUGGUUGAAGAGAGCUGAAUAA